UCUGUUAUAUUGUGUUCCUUAACACUUAGUAUGUAUCUGUUAUAUUGUGUUCCUUAACACUUAGUAUGUAUCUGUUAUAUUGUGUUCCUUAACACUUAGUAUGUAUCUGUUAUAUUGUGUUCCAUCACAACACAGUCUGUUAUAAUUAAUUAAUGUGUUACAGAGACUAUGAAGUUCAGUAUUCAAUGUGUACGAAGUCAAGGAGCCAGACUCGGGAGAUUGUCAGAGAUUGGUCAGAAUAAAGAUGUCACAGUUGAGACGCCCAUGUGCAUGCUGUACACAAGGGGAGGCAGUGCUGCUCACUUGUCACGGGAUGUGUUGCAGAAACUUCAAGAUGUUCCAACUGUAGCACAUAUGCCCUUGUGUCAUCUAGCACAGUAUGAAGAAAGUAUUGAAGGUUACAAGGAUGGAAUGGCAAAGUUUACAGCUCUUAGUGAUAAAAUAGUCUAUACAUCUAACACAGACCCAGCAGUACAGGUACCUUCUGGCUACAAUGAAAAGUCAGGGAUUGGACUUUGGGGAAAAGGAGGCAAGUUGAAGUUAGACACUAAUGGAUUUGUGAAGCUACAGGAAGCUGUCUUACCAGAUAUAUUCCAGUGUAUGUCUGAUGGCGACACAGAUAAAACUAGCACAAGAAAAAGGGCAAACAAGGCUGUAGAUAGAACCCUGAACUUUUUAGAUGAUGUACUGGAUAAAAUAAACAAGUCAAAGAGACUGGGGAAGUCGGUAAUGUUUGGAAGCAUCGUCGGCGGUUACGAUCUUAAAGAGAGGCAGAGAUGUACCCGAGAAACUGUUGCCAGGAAUGUUGAAGGUUUUGCUCUUGAGGGUUUUCAUGCAAUGGGACCAAAUGCAGAAGAUUUUGACUUGUCCGGGCCUGCAGAUCUUAUAUCUGAAAUAAUUAAAUUAUUACCGGAGGAGAAACCACGACUGAUGCAGAGUGUAUGGAGACCAGAUGCUGUACUUAAAGCUAUAGGGCUUGGCAUUGACAUGUUUGACUCAUCAUAUCCUUAUGUGGUGACAGAGAGGGGACAUGCUCUUGUGUUCAAGUAUGAUUACAAAUAUAACCCAGAAAAAACAGAGGAACAGGACUGUAGCUUGCCAACCAGUCUGUCAAUAAAUAUCAAUGAUCAAACAUAUGUGGAGGACUUCUCUCCCCUGUUGGCAGACUGUAAAUGCUAUGCAUGUGAAAAUUUUACCAAGGCUUACAUAAAUCAUUUACUAAAUACGUCUGAACUUCUGGCAUCAACAUUAUUAAUGAUGUAAGUAUUAGUUAGUACCAUAGUACAUA